GGUACUCCUGCCAUUGCCGUUCCGUUUGUUUAGAUCGUCAUCUACAUCCCCCUGUCGCUAUCCCUCGCAGCCCGCUGCCGCAUACUCACGCUAUUAGCGCAAUCAACACAAUAAACAGUCAUGGUACGUGGCCGUCUCGCAAUUUCGCAAUGUCAAUUAAAAGCAUCAUCCCUCGCUGGCGGGAGAAGAAUUGUCCGGAUGGCAUCAGGAACGAGCAGUGCUCUGUAUCCCUUGUUUGUUGACUGUCGUGGUGAACCUCGGAGAUCGCUCGUGUGGUUGGAUCCAUUGAAUUCCGGCCCCUCGUCGGCCCAUCCAAUCCCUUUGCUCGUUUCCAUGGUUCACUAGUAGUCGUGGCUGCUUGUUCGUCAUCGGCACUCUUCAACUCCCUGUCUUCUUUCCAUCCUCAUUUCAUCUCUGAUCCCUACUCUUCAUCUCGGAUUUCUGCCCCUGUGACUCCAUUUUCAAGAUGUCCCGCUCACCAGAUAUGCACCAUGACCAGGCCUCGACCAACUACAAGGAAGCCUUCUCUCUCUUCGAUAAGCGCGGUACCGGCAAGGUCGCGCUCGAGUCGCUGGGCGACCUCCUGCGCGCAUGCGGUCAGAAUCCCACUUUGGCGGAGAUCGCAGAUCUGGAGAAGUCCGUCGGUGGAGAUUUUGACUUCGAGUCGUUCUUGAAGGUCCUCAACCGCCCUGGAGGUUUCCGUGACCCCGGCGAGCCCGAAGAAUACUGCCGCGGAUUCCAGGUGUUUGACAAGGACCUGACUGGGUUUAUCGGUGUGGGACAGCUUCGUUACAUCCUGACGAAUCUCGGAGAGAAGAUGUCGGAUGAGGAGGUCGACGAGCUGCUCAAGGCCGUCGACACCAGCUCCGGCGAGAUCAACUACACCGACCUCGUCCGCACCAUCCUGGCCAACUAAACGACACACGACACCGAUACCCUCCUGACGUUCCUGAUGAUUUCUGUUACGACGCGAACCUCCUACCAGCCGUGCCGGAGUUGAAGGCUUGAGCAUAGUUUAGUUAUAGUGCAUUGUAUAUGGGAUAUUGCGCGAUUCAGCAUCGGAU